UUUUUUUUUCUUCCUUUCGAUUUUUUUUCUUUUCUCUUUAUACAUACUACGUAUAUAAAAUCUCAAUGUCUCUUGAAUUGACAGAACUUGUUAAGCGCCCUGGUGCUGGUAAAAUUGGUAAGCCAGUGCGUGUCAGAGCUAAUUUCUUUGAAGUUACCUCUUUCCCCACCCAAAACAUUCAUCAUUAUGAUGUUACCAUCGAUCCCCCAAGUGCACCCCCCGUGCUUUACCGUAAGGUUUGGCAAUCCUUUGAAGACACUAACGGUCAAGGUCUCUUGACUGGUAUCAGAACUAUCUUUGAUGGUCGUAAGAACGUCUUCUCUCCUAAGCCUCUCUCUUUGGGUGAAGAACAAGCUAUGCAAUACGAGGUUGAACUUCAAGAAGCUAGUGCUCCUGGUGCUGCCAAGCGUAGUGGUGGUCUCUUCAAGAUUCGUAUCAAGAAGGCUGGUGAAGUUAACAUGGAAGAACUUCGUCGUUUCUUGGCUGGUCAAUCUGCCUGUACCUCCAACUGUUUAACUGCCAUCAUGGUUCUUGAUGUUCUUAUUCGUCACGUUCCUUCUACCCUUUACAACACUGUUGGUCGUUCUUUCUUCACUCCUGCUGAUGCUCGUCCUCUCCCCAACGGUGCUGAAGUCUGGCAAGGUUACUACCAAUCUGCACGUCCUACCAUUGGUAAGAUGAUGAUCAACAUUGAUGUCAGUGCUACCGCUUUCUACUCAUCCGGUCCUCUCCCUGAGAUCGUUGCCAAGAUCUUGGGUCGUCGUUCCAUCGAUGAACUCAGACGUGGUAUUCCUGACCGUGAAUUGUCCAAGCUUGAGAAGGUCCUCAAGGCCUUGAGAAUUCAAGUUGUCCAUCGUGGUGAUAAGAAGCUCAAGUACAAGGUCACUAAGCUCACUCCUUCCGCUGCCGAUCGUACCUCUUUCAAGGAUGAAGCCGGUAACGAAAUGACUGUUGCUGAUUACUUCAUGAAGCAAUACAACAAGCGUUUGAACUACCCCUUCUUACCUUGUAUCGUUGUCAAGAAGGACAUCUUCUUGCCUAUGGAAGUCUGUGAGGUCAUCCCUGGUCAACGUCACAUGAAGAAGUUGAACGAAAAGCAAACUGCUGAAAUGAUCAAGUUCACCUGUCAAAAGCCUAAUGUUCGUGCUAACAAGAUUAACCAAGGUCUCUCUCUCUUGCGUUAUCGUGAUAACCCAUACAUGCAACAAUUCGGUAUGGCCGUCAAGCCUGAGAUGUCCGUCAUCAACGCUCGUGUCCUCCCUACCCCCAAGAUUUCUUACCAUUCCUCUUCUCAAGAAGCUGAAUUCGCUCCUCAAGCUGGUGCUUGGAACUUGAGAGGUAAGAAGGUCGCUCAAGGUGCCACUCUUGGUUCUUGGUCCGUUGUUAACUUUGCCGGUGCCGUCCCCAUGCCUGCUAUCCAAAGAUUCAUUCGUGAAUUAUGUCAAACCUUUGCUGAUACCGGUAUGAACGUUGUUAACCGUUCUCCUCCCGUUAUGUCUGCUGAUCCUCAAGGUAACAUUGAUAAGACCUUAAAGGAAGCUUGGUUAAAGGCCGGUAACGCUGCCAAGGCCAACCCUCAAUUGAUCAUCUGUAUCUUGCCCAACACUGGUGUCCCUCUCUAUGCUGAAAUUAAGAGAAUCUCUGAUACUGUUAUUGGUGUCCCUACUCAAUGUCUCCAAUCCAAGCAUAUUGGUGAACCCAAGAAGCAAUACUGUGCUAACGUCUGUCUUAAGGUUAACAUGAAGUUGGGUGGUAUGAACUUGUUCUUGUCUCCUCCUCAAAUUCCCUUCAUUGCUCAACGUCCUACUAUUAUUCUCGGUGCUGAUGUUACCCAUCCUGCUCCUGGAGAUAUGAACAGACCUUCUAUUGCUGCUUUAUCUGCUUCUAUGGAUGCUCGUGCUUCCAGAUACUCUUCUGCCAUUCGUGUGCAAGCUAACCGUACUGAAAUCAUUGCUGAUCUUGCCAACAUGAUUAAGGAAGUGCUCAAGAACUUUUACCAAUCUUGUGGUCAAAAGCCCGAAAGAAUCUUGUUCUAUCGUGAUGGUGUUUCUGAGGGUCAAUUCAAGCAAGUGAUGGAUUCCGAAGUGGCUGCUAUUAAGGCUGCUUGUCUUUCUCUUGAUAAGACUUAUAACCCCACUGUUACCUUUGUUGUUGUCCAAAAGAGACAUCAUGCUCGUUUCUUCCCCAUGGAGAUGCGUGAUGCUGAUCGUACUGGUAACUGUAUGCCCGGUACUGUUGUCGAUACCGAUAUUGUUCAUCCUUUCGAGUUCGAUUUCUAUCUCCAAUCUCAUGCCGGUCUUCAAGGUACUUCUCGUCCCACUCAUUACCACGUUCUUCAUGAUGAGAACAAGUUUACUUCCGAUGCUCUUCAAGAGUUGACUUACAGACUUUGUUACAUCUAUGGUCGUGCUACUCGUGCUGUUUCCAUCGUACCCGCUGCUUACUACGCUGAUUUGAUCGCUGCUCGUGCCAGAUUCCAUCGUCGUGGUGAGAACUGGUCUGAUACCGAUGCUACCUCCGAAUCCAUGGAUUCUGAUGCUCAAAUGGCUUCUUUCGCUACUGUUAAGCCCGAGUUGAGCAAGGUCAUGUUCUUCAUGUAAACAAACCUUCAUACCUCGUAUUCAAAAAAAAAAAAACCUUAAAAGUGGUUUGUUCAAUUUCACAAUCAAUCAAAAAAUAAUAAUAUCAACGCUUUUUUUUUCUACAUCAAUAAAAAAAAAAUAUCCACAUUGCUCUUUUAAA